AUGGCAACAGCUACGGCAGCAAUGGACAGGCUAGCUUCGGCGCCGCCAACCAGGUGGGUGCGUUCGGGCGGCCAGAACUUCCAGGCCCCUCCACAGUUCGGAGCCGCACAGGCGCCCGCCCCAAACGGCAUGGGUCGCCCGCCUUUCCCCUUUAACCCACAGGCACAGCAGCCCCAACAACCCCCACCCAUGGAUAAGUUUUUGCGCUUCAGCACUGCAGGGACCGCUGUACUGCAACUUCUGCUAGGUCCGGCGCUGAGGACUCGGACCACACAAAAACACUCAUGCAGCUAUGCACUGACAGAACCUACGUCAAAUACUUUCCCAGAGAGAGCUAAGCAAGGACCAACUUAUUCAGAAGCUACAGACCCUUAUCCAGAAUGGUGCAUCUGUUCGAACAAGUCUUUUCCAAGGUGCUUUGGAGCAGUAUGCGCCCUCUUUAGAACUAGUGAACAGAAAGCUGCCUUCGGUCUGGCUGAGACCGGCUUGUGCUUCCAGCCAUCAGGCGGACCUGGUUGCCCAGAUGAAGUUACCCAGUCCUCUUUGGUGUGGUUCUGCUCGCCCCGCACCACUUCACAGUGGCUGGACUACUGGGCACGGCAUCGGCUGCAGUGGUGGAGAAAGUUUGCCCUGGGCCCAUCUGACUUCAGCUGCAGUGACAUAACAGAAGAGGAGCUGGCAGGCCGGGCGUCUCGUGGUGUGAAAAUUGUGUACAAUUUCCCAUGGGGCCCAGAGGCCCUGGAGACUCUGUUGAGCCGAGGUGACGCAGAGCUGCUACAGACACACAAGGGCGCUCGCAACAAACUACAGUGCCGAGAUGGGAGGAAGUCAGUAGUCCCCUAUGCCAUCUCCGUAACUGGAAACAUAGAGCGAGGAGUGUUGGCAUACCUGUACAACUCAAUCCAGCAAGUAAAGAAAGUCGACAGCAAACAGAGGCUACAGCAGAGAAAGGUUUUGAAGCUCCAUCCUAUUUUGUCUCCAGUCAAAGUGGCCUUGGACAUGGGAAGGGGAGCCACUGUGGAACUAAGACAGGUUUGUGAAGGCUUGCUGCAGGAGUUCUUGGAAGGGGAAGUCGCUGCAUGGCCUGGAUAUCUUGAAACCAUGCCAACCUCAAUGGAGCAGCUGAACACAAAGUAUGAUGAGAUGGGGGUGCUGUUCACUGUGGUGAUCAGUGACAACACGCUUGAGAGUGGCUUACUGCAGGUGCGCAGCCGCGACACCACCAUCAAGGAGACCAUGCACAUCUCCGAGGUCAAGAACUUUCUGGUCAGAUACAUAUCUGCUGCAGAGAACAUAUGAGCCAUAGAGGGCGUUAUAUUAAUGCCUCGGUGAACCGGGUUAGCAUGGAUUACAUUUGUUUUGGAAUUCGUCUUAAAACAGAAGUGACGUAGAUUAAGCACGUGGAAUAAUGAGUAGGAUUCUGUGUUUUCACAUGCGAAAGUGAUUGCUGUUGAUUAAAAGGUUUUAUCUGCCUUCCCAAUGAAAACUAGUUUGAAAAUGUGAUCAUAUAUUUUAUGGAAAGUUUAUGUAUGUUUCUGAACGAUGCAUCAUGCUGCCUCGUUGACAACAUGACAGAGUGGCGCAGAUUACUGUUCGAUUUGUUUCGAAUGGGCGCUCCUCCCUCUCCGCUUUGCCCAUUCACGUCACAUGCCAUAGCCCAGUGCACUUAAUUAAACUCCCUCAUUGAUUGAAAACUGAUUCACCUGACAUUUGGCAAAAUGUCAAAGAAUGGUGUAGUGGGCCCCCAUGGGCAGUGGGAAAGCUGUCUUGUUUGUGUUUUGGAGAACUAUACCCCAAAGCCUAUUUGACUAUCUAGUAUACUAUAUUAAAAGUUGUUCAUAAUUUUCA